CUUUCUCGAGUGUUCUUGCGACAUUCAGCGUACAUACCAUUCAUGGGUGGUGGGUUGGUUGACGCUGACUCAUUUCCUCUGCUCUUUAUCCCCACAUAAACUUUCAAUUACUCGGUCAAAGAUGCUCAGCUGCCUAUAACAGCUCUCUGUUAUUUCAAGAAGCCAAACGAUUGAAUUCUGUAUCUUUGUUUAGAGUAUUUCAUUGAUUUGUAAAAUGGGUGGAAAUGGUGUAAAAAGUAGUGAUUUUUAUCAAGUUUUGGGAUUAGAGAAGGGAUGCACCGAAGCAGAGCUCAAGAACGCUUACAAGAAGCUUGCACUGAGGUGGCAUCCAGAUCGUUGUUCGGCGUUUGGUGAUUCCAAGCACGUGGAAGAGGCAAAGAAGAAGUUCCAGGAUAUACAAGAAGCCUAUUCUGUGCUUUCAAAUGCCAACAAAAGAUUCAUGUACGAUGUAGGAGUUUAUGAUAGUGAUGAUGACGAAAAUGGGAUGGCUGAUUUCUUGAGCGAAAUGGCAGUGAUGAUGAGUCAAAACAAACCUGCGGAAAAUGGGGAGGAGGCUUUUCAGGAACUAAAGGAUUUGUUUGAGGAGAUGUUUGAAAGUGAUAUCGAAUCACUUAGUUCUUCUUCUCAAACAGGAAGUGCGACUUCUCAUUCAUCUUUGUUUUCAAGUUGUGGUGAAAGUUUGAGUUCUAACAAGCGAGGUUCCUCAGAGAUGUCAGAUACCAAGGUUGAAGAUGCUCAGUUUGAAGGAUUUUGCAUAGGGACAGGCGGGUUGCCACCGGGAAGGUUUGAGGAGAGAGGGAAGGGGAGGAGCAACAGAAGGGUGUGUUCAAGAAAGGGGUGGCGCUAGAUAGCUGUGCUACCUUCUUAAUUGUCUCUGGUGGAAGCUCGAAGGAGCAUCACUUUAGGCGAAUCUUGGAGUCGACUUAGUGUUGACUAAUUUCUUGUAAAGCUUGAUUGAGAUUAAAAAACUGGCUGCAAAGUUUAUGUUUGUCUAAUUUCAUUCGAUGCAAUAGUAGUAAUUGGUGCGAUUUUGCUUA